AUGGCAAUUGCACUCGCGGAGGCCGACAAGUACGAGAUACUUGAGAAGAUUGGUUGCGGUUCUUUCGGCAUCAUUCGCAAAGUCAAACGGAAGCAAGAUGGCUUCAUUCUGUGCCGCAAAGAGAUCAACUACAUCAAAAUGUCCCAGAAGGAGCGUGAACAGCUGACCGCCGAAUUCAAUAUCCUGAGCUCGCUCAGACACCCGAACAUCGUCGCCUACUACCACCGCGAGCACCUCAAGGCAAGCCAGGACCUGUACCUCUACAUGGAAUACUGCGGAGGUGGUGAUCUGAGCAUGGUCAUAAAAAACCUGAAGAAGACCAAUAAAUAUGCAGACGAGGAGUUUGUCUGGCGGAUCCUGUCCCAAUUGGUUACGGCACUCUACCGUUGCCAUUAUGGUGUCGAUCCGGCUGAUGUUGGGUCCAACGUCCUCGGACCAGCUCCUAAGCCUUCGGGCCUCAAGGGAAAGCAGGCACAGAUGACUAUCCUGCAUCGUGACCUCAAACCCGAGAAUAUUUUCCUGGGCAGCGACAACUCCGUAAAACUGGGCGACUUUGGUCUCUCGAAAGUGAUGGCUUCCCACGACUUCGCCUCCACCUACGUUGGUACCCCGUUCUACAUGUCUCCUGAGAUAUGUGCAGCCGAGAAAUACACCCUCCGCUCCGACAUUUGGGCCGUUGGCUGUAUCAUGUACGAGCUGUGUCAGAAGGAGCCUCCGUUCAACGCCAGAACCCAUAUCCAAUUGAUUCAAAAGAUUCGCGAUGGCAAAUUUGCUUCUUUGCCAGACUUUUACUCUCCUGAGCUGAAGAGUGUUAUUGCGAGCUGCUUGCGCGUGAACCCCGAUCACCGCCCCGACACUGCCUCUUUGAUCAACCUCCCCAUCAUCCGUUUGAUGCGAAAGGAAAAAGAGGUCGUCGACCUGAGCCGGGCCCUUCGAAAGCGAGAAGAGUCCAGCCUCCAAAAGAACCGAGAAGUGGAACAAGCUUUCGCCAAGAUGGAAAAGGAGAAGCAGCAGAUCAAGGCUGAGCUUGAAAAUACCCUGCGCCGAGAGUGGGAGGUGAAGGCUCGCCUAGAGAUUGACCGCCAGGUACAGAGCGAGCUGGAAAGACUUCGCAAGAGGUUCGAGUCGGAAGUGCAAGAUCGGGUUGCCUUGGAGGUGGAAAAGCUCAAAAAGAAUGGCAACUUCAGGGACGAGUCUGCCUUCCGCUCCAGUCGCUCCAGUCGCUCCAGCCGUUCCAGCCGUUCCAGCCGACGAGGCUCACAGUCAUCCAACAGCAAUAAUGAUGACACGGAGCUUCCCUCGAGUACGGACAUCACCCAGCUGUCUAUGGAAUCGCCCGUGGCUAGUAAGCCACCCAAGAAGGAGACCCGGACGCCAUUCAACCGCUCCAAAACGGUGGUCGAGUCGCCCGUUGAUGUGCAAAUGGCCGAGCCAUCUCCAAUUUCGAUUGCCUCUCUCUCGCUGUCGCCCCGUCGUACUUCAGCGACACAUUCGGGUAAAAACAUCUUUGCGGAGGCCGAACGGCACCGGGCCAAGUGGGAGCCCACGCUUGCGUACUCUGACGACGAAGAUGACACGCCCGAUCUUCCCUCGCCAACUCGACCUAAGGUCAAGCCCGAUCCUUUCAAGGCCCCAUCUCGCCCUCUUCUCCGUCAGAACACCGCCGCACUGAUGCAGAAGCUGAGCACGCAGCCCCCUCUUUUCCCUACGAAUGGCUCUAGACUGCCUCAGGCGUCUGGCCAAUCCGAGAGCCGCCACGGCGAAGCGAAGUCCAGGUCACCCCAUCGACGUUUGUCAAAGAUCGCAUCCUCGGCGAACCUUGCUGCUGAUGCCGGAUCCCCGACCCGCAAGACGGGCACGAAACAACCCCCUUCCAAAGUCAACGGCGGUGGCGAGGAUAUGUUCAAAGCCGUGAUGCAACGGAAUAUGGGCGGCCGAACCUUGGUCGAGCUUGCUCAAGCACGGGCUGGUGGCCGACCAAUUGACGAAGUCAAGCGAUCUGCGAGCGACACCCGGACUACGACCAGCAUGAAGUCUUCGGUGGAGCGUGAUCCUCCUGCUGUAUGGGACCCCGAGAGAGACGAAAUGCCCAGUCCCUUCCUGGCUCGUGGUCGAAAGGUCAUCCGCAACUUGAGGUAA